AUGCCUGAGGUUUUCGGGUGUUACCUCCUGAGGUCCUGCCACGCCAAGGGGAAGGGCAGAACGUACAUCGGGUUCACCGUCAACCCCUCCCGCCGCUUACGCCAGCACAAUGGCGACAUCGUCAGCGGGGCGGCCAAGACGAAGAGGCUCCGGCCCUGGGAGAUGGUGCUCUUCGUGCACGGCUUCCCCACCGCGGUCACAGCGCUGCAGUUCGAGUGGGCCUGGCAGCAUCCGGAGGUGUCGCUGGACGUCCGCGCGGCGGCGCAGCGCCUGGGUAAAAAGCGGCUGCAGGGCGUGCAGGGCAAGGUGCGCCUGCUGCACGAGAUGUUGAACCUGGAGCCCUGGCGCUACUUCCCCCUCAGCCUCCACAUCCUGAGCUCGGCGCAUGCCCCCCUGCGGGCCCAGUGCCCGCCCCUGCCCGCCCACAUCGCCGUGACCUUCGCACCCCUGGAGGACCUCGACCCAGGGUAUGACAUCGCAGACGAAUCCACCUCCCAGGCAGAGGAAGAGGCGGCGCAGACGGCCCUAGGGUCCACGAACUCUAUGGCGCCGGGGUCCAAAGCGUCCAGCCCGGCGCCCAGCCCGGCGCCCAGCCCCCACGCCUCACCCAGCAAGGCUGGGGGGAAGGGGGCGUGCAGGCUCUGCGCCGGCGAUGCCAGUCGCACUUGGUGGGCGUGCAGCUCGUGCGACUCCCGAUUCCACCUGGGCUGCCUGGCCCGGCACCUCCUAGAGAAGGUGAGAGUGUGA